AGUUAAAAAAUAAAAGUGAAAAUUUGUGAAAAAAUAGAUUUAUCAAUUUUUUUUUGUAAAAACAAACACUAAUCAAAAUUUGCAAAAAAAAUUAAACAACGAACGGAAUAUACAAACAUAUUUUCAUUGUAAACGUCAUUAUCUAGUUACAAAACAAUUGCUUCGAACGAAUGCCAACGAGAAAAAAGCAACAAAAAUAAACUGCUGGCAACAAAAGUCAAUAAAACGAAGAAAAGAAAACACAAUAAUAAACAACAACGCGAAUAGAGAGAAAAAUUUAUUUGAAUUUUCUGUUUUAUUAACAUUAAAUAAACAACCUUUUUCAGUAUAAAAAGGCAGCUGUAUCUAAAUUGAAUUAAUUCAUCGCCUUUCCUCGAAAGUUUAGUCACUUUAUUCUGUUGCAUUUACUGAUUUUCGUAUUAUGAAUCUAUCAUUUGCUGGCUGCGGAUUUUUAGGCAUUUAUCAUGUUGGUGUGGCCGUUUGUUUUAAAAAGUAUGCCCCACAUCUGCUCCUAGAAAAGAUAGCUGGUGCAUCGGCUGGAGCUCUAGCAGCAUGUUGCCUUUUGUGCGAUUUGCCUUUGGGAAGCAUGACUUCUGAUUUUUUCCGUGUUGUUAAUGAAGCUCGCCGUCAUUCCUUGGGUCCAUUUAGCCCAUCUUUCAACAUUCAAACGUGUCUUUUUGAAGGUCUACAAAAGCAUUUGCCUGAUGAUGCUCAUAAACGAGUCAGUGGUCGCUUGCACAUAUCUAUGACCCGUGUAUACGAUGGCAAGAAUGUUAUUAUAUCUGAGUUUAAUUCGCGAGAUGAGGUUUUGCAAGCAUUAUUAUGUGCUUGUUUCAUUCCCGGCUUCUCUGGAAUACUACCACCACGCUUUCGGGGCGUCCGUUAUAUGGAUGGUGCAUUUUCGGACAAUUUACCAAUUUUAGAUGAAAAUACCAUAACUGUAUCGCCCUUCUGCGGAGAAAGUGAUAUAUGUCCACGCGAUCAAAGUUCCCAGUUGUUCCACCUUAAUUGGGCCAACACCAGCAUUGAGAUCUCCAGACAAAAUAUUAAUCGAUUCGUUCGUAUUCUCUUUCCGCCAAGACCAGAAUUUUUAUCGAAAUUCUGUCAGCAAGGUUUCGAUGAUGCUCUACAAUUUUUGACUCGUAACAAUUUAAUAAAUUGUCGCCGCUGUGUGGCUGUCCAGUCAACAUUUGUAGUUUCGGAAACAGUAGCUCAACCUCAAGAUUUCGAUCCGGAAUGUAGAGAAUGUAAAAAGCAUAGAAAGGAUGCAUUAACUUCUAAUAUGCCACAAACUGUAUUGGAUGUUAUACAAGAUUAUAUAGAGCAGGCUAAUAAGGGUCUGGCAAAUUGGAUAUUUAAACAUCGUGGCAUUAAGUUGUUAUCUUUGCCAGCUACGGUGCCAAUGGAUUUCUUUUUGGCUACAGUAUCUAAGCUUAGCUCACUUACACCAAAACUUACGAAACAAAUGCGGCAGAUGGUAGAAGAAUUUAUAUACCAAUUAAAUAAUACUCUCCAAGUGCGUAUAUUUAAUAAGUUUACGAUCUGUGAUCCACCUCAUUUCGAUACGACUGGUUUGUUACAUUCAAAGAGAUUAUAUGGGCCUAGAGUUUCAAUAUUAGUAGAUGAAUGUGGCGCAGCACCUUUAGAAGAUGAUGUUGAUCAUUUUGAACAUGUUUUGAAGGUUACAACCCACAAUGAUGCAUUGUAUGCUUAUUACUACACUGAUGAUAACACAAAUAAAGUAAAAGUAACCGAAAUAUUUGAUAUGACAGAAAAUAUGGAUCUAGCAACAGAUUUAAAACAGUACGAAGGCUCCGUUGAAGAUCAUCCCAAUCCACAUCAACAUCAUCACAACACUGUGGUUAGCGAAUGGAAUGGCGUUGAAUCGGAUUUCUUUAUUGAUCAACAAUCAUUGUCAUCAUCAGAUUCCAAAAUAGUUGAUGGCGAGAGUGAUAUGCCAAAUCAACUACUUAUUAUACCAAACGUCUCCCAAUCAGCAUCAACCGAAUCAUACAAUAAAUAUCAAAUAGCAUCGGAUACUUCAUCAAUAGCCAUCGAAGAUGAUAAUAUGGUGGAUGCUGUCGAAGAGUCUUGUGUUUUUAGCGAUCCCGAGGUAGAUCAUCCUUAUUAUGAAGAAGACGAGGCCACGCAGUCAUCAACAGCAACACAAAGACAUACUAGAUAUACGCCGCAUUCUCAUGUACAUUUAAAAUUGAUCUCCACUCAGCAGGAGCCUUUGGUGUCCCCUCAUUCCAUAACCGAUGAACUUUGUAUAGAUAUUGAAUGAAUGAACUGAUAUUGUACAUUUCUAAGACUACGCUCUCUCUCCCCCUUACUGUCUCUAUUUUCAAUUCCUCCGUUUAGGUCUUAAGUUUUUAAAUUUCUCGUACUGAUUUUUUAUUCUUUAUUUCCUAAAUUAUUUAUAUUUAUAAAAUAAUAAGAAACCAUGUAAAGUAUAAACGCACAGUCGAUAAAAAGCGCUGAAGUCAAAGGUAAAAGCCAAGCUGAAAUGCCUUUAAAAAUUCAUUAACUUAAGGAAUUCUGAAAGAUGAUAGAGAUUAGGGUAUUUCGAAAUAAUUUUUCGAAAUAAAUUUGUUUGUGUUUUUGAUAUUGCCAUUAUUAAUUUGUUAACAUAUACACAUAAUUAUUAAUCAUUACGAAAAAUGUAUAAACAAUUAUAUACCAUAUUAUUAUUUUUUUAUCAUAAUUAAGUAUGCAAUGUAUGUACCUUUCAUUACAAUAUUAGUUUAAGUAAAGAAAAUAUGUAACGAACGAACGUUCUAUAAACAAUUCUAAAAUAAAAAUAUGUAAAAUAAAA